GGUAAAUUACAGAGAUUGAAGUGCACACGCUGCGCACAUCCGAGCACUAUUUGCAGACACGCGACUAUGGGAAGGAGUAUUUCUCGGUCGCCGUCUUACCCUAGGAGGAGAUCAUCUCGGUCGCGGUCACCCGUAAAUCACCGCUAUGCCAACCAUAGAAGCCGCCGGGACCAUAGCCGUUCACCUUACUCUAGCAGGAGAAGAAGUCGUUCGCCACCUUUAAGACACAGGAGAAGCCGUUCCCCUACACCCAAACGCCAUAGGAGAAGACAAAGUCGGAGUUCUUCCUUGGAUUCUCCAUCACCCAAGUCUCGUAGUCCUAGUAUUCAAUCAGCUGAUCUUAAAAGUGCAGUAGAGAAACUUAAAAAGGAAGAAGAAGAAAAGAAAAGACUUCAACUAGAGGCUGAGCUCAAGCAGUUAGAAGAGGAGACAGCAAACAGAUUGGAGGAAGAAAUAAGGAAAAGGGUUGAGGAGAAGUUGGCUUCUGACGAAGUUAAACUGGAAAUUGAAAAACGAGUGGAAGAAGGUCAGAGAAAACUGUUUGAGGAUGUUGAAGCUCAACUGAGAAAAGAAAAAGAAGAUGCUCUCAAUGAGGCAAGGCGAAAAGAAGAGCAAGCAAGGAAAGAGAGAGAUGAACUGGACAAGAUGCUGGAGGAGAACCGGAGGAGGGUGGAAGAGGCCCAGAGAAAGGCUCUCGAACUUCAGCGUAAAGAGGAUGACCGACUUCGUGAGUUGGAGCUCAUCCAAAGACAAAGAGGUGCUUGGCUUAGUAGAGAUAAGCAGCAGCAGCUCUAAUUUGGUGGCUUAAUGAGCUGGAAUCUGUUUAUUGUACAACACUGGAAUCUAUUUUUUGUACAACUGACGCUCAUUUAUAAAGACGCAACAAAUAUAUAUCCGAAACUAUAGAUAGAUUGCGACCUCAUUAGGCUUUGUAUUUGUUCCCUCAUUUCAAUUUUUUUUGUACAAACAAGGUGUGGAAAUCAGAAAAAGUGACUCAAUUUCUCAAGGAUGAUGGUUUUUCCGUUCAUUAUAUAACCUAUGCAUAUAUAACUUCAAAAGUAUAGGCCAAAAUCUGAUAUGCAAUACCAAAUUCCUUCGAAUUAGUAAUAUUACUAGUAAUCUAGUAUAAUGUAAGUUUGACUGUCUUUUACCGAUGGUUUCAAAUUUUCAACCAACUGAACCGAACUAGGGAACCUCCAGUUUCAAUCUGAAAGUACUAUGUAGGGGUGGACGCGGGCCGGGCGGCCCGGAACCGGCCCGACCCGGUUACUGUUUGGCCCGGCCCGGUCCAGGGCCCGGUUUUUGGUGAACCGGCCUGGCCGGUUCGGGCCGGUUUUUUUUUUUUUUUUGAAUUUUGAAUUUUUUUUAAGUUUUGGGUUGGAUUAGGUAUUUUGGGCCAUUUGAGGUGGUUUGGGGUUGAGGGGGAGGGGUUGGGGGUUAAAUAGAAGAGCCAAAAAAAAAAAAAUAGAACCGGUUAGGCCCAGCCCGGCCCGGCCCGGUUUGGCCCGGACCCGGAACCGCCCACCGGCGGUUCGGGUUCAGGCCCAGCUUUCCUGGCCCGAGGCCCGGCCGGGCCCAGGCCCGAACCGGGCCCAAACCGGCCCGAGUCCAGGCCUAGUACUAUGCAAUUCAAAU